UUAACUAUGCAAUUUGAAUACAGGCAAAUGUUUGGUGAUAACGCACUUGUGGUGCUGAACAUAGAGAUGGUCGAAGUGCCAGACAUGCGGAAAAUGCGGGUUUUGUAUUUUAAUCGGUUAAGAUUAUGCUGUCUUUUCUACUAGUAGUUGACAUUGAAACUUUAUGAUCAAAGCUUAAGUGAACGAGAUGAAGAACUCCUUCAUUAAAUUUGACUCUUUUUGCGAGAGUUAUCAAAAUUAGACAUUUUUCAAUUGAAAUUACCCUUCAAAAAUUAAUUUACUUGCUAACCGUAUACAAGUUCGGUAGCGAAUAACUGCUAAAAUCCACACUUCUCGAACCACAGGUGCCACACCUACAAUAAUGGCGUCGACGCCGCUGCCUCUGGCCCGUACAUCUCUCCUCGUCCGCCGCUUCAAAGCCAUGUACAUCCUCCAGACGCCGCCGUUUCGCACCCAUUCCUUCCAAUUAAACCGCUCAAAACCCUUCUCUGCACGGCUGCUCUCCACCACCUCCACCCCGUUCCCACUCCAAUACGAAAUGAUUAUUUCCCGCCCGUCCAGUCCCCCUCCUCGACCCUCUUCCCCCAGCCGCCGUCUACCUGCCAUCCCUAAUUCUAGACCCGCCGACUCAGAACCCGAUCCAGAGCUUGGUUUCGAAGACUGGGCUGAUAAAAAGUUAUCCAACAAGAAUAAAAGCGAUGAUGAUACAGAAACGGAUAUAGUCAUGGACAAGGCGAAGAGAAAAUAUUACAAUAAGAGGAGAAAAAGAAUGUAUGGAGAAUCAGAAUCGGAUGAGGAAAGUGGUGGCAGGGGGAAGGAAGGGGAUUAUGUGGAAUUAAAGCAAGAGAUAGUGGAGCUACGCACAUUGCACAAAAAAGAGGAAGAGCUGUAUUUUCACGAUGCAUUUGCGUACCCAUGGGAGAAAGAUAAGCAUUACAAGAUGGUUUAUCAGCUGGAGAAGAAAUAUUUCCCUGAUCAGUGUUUCGAUAAGGCUUUUCUGGAACCGGGCCAGUCAAAUGGUAAUGGUAAUGUGAAGAAGGAAAAGAAGGGAAUGGAGACUAAAGAAGUGAAAGUUAAAGAUGAUAAAGGGCUGAUGUUCUUCGAGGGGAGUGAGGGUGAGAGAGAAGGGAAGAAUUCGAAAGUGUGUGAUGUUACAGAGAAGAAAGUUGAGGAUUUCUUCAAGUGUUUGAAGAAAGUCCCCAAUGCGAGUAAUGGUGAUGCCACUGUUGUGGAGCCCUUUUUUUCAACGAGAAGUGUUGGGCUUCCGCCUAAAUGGGAUGGUCCCAAUGGGACUGUAGUUUUGGUGAACAAACCAAAAGGCUGGACUUCAUUUACAGUUUGCGGGAAGCUGCGACGCCUGGUCAAUGUGAAAAAGGUGGGGCAUGCUGGGACUCUAGAUCCUAUGGCAACUGGUUUAUUGAUCGUAUGCAUUGGUAAAGCUACCAAGCUGGUUGAAAGAUAUCAAGGUAUGAUAAAGGGUUACAGUGGAAUCUUUCGUUUAGGAGAAGCAACCUCCACCUGGGAUGCUGAUUCACCGGUGUGUUUGUUUUGUUGAGAAUAAAUUCUGCCUUGUGUCUUACAUUCCUAAAGUUCUUAAUUCAUGUUGCUUAUUUUCCCCAUAAUUAAGAAAAAUGAACUACCGGAUUGCACAUGUAUAUAUUUUGAACUUAUUGCAUUUCAUCAGC